GGAAUCUGUUGGAGGGCAGUUGGUGGGCCAGGGCCCACGGGAGCUGGGCAGGAGAAGACGCCGCUGGUGUCGGCUGUGACUCUUCGCAGAAAGGAUGUGACUUGACGGCUUGUGCCGUCUCUGCCCCCAGCACUGCCCGUGUGCCCAGUGUGGCCCAGGGGAGUCAGGCUGCCCGAGGGACCAGCGAGGCCUGCGUAGAGGCUCCGGGCUGGUGGCCCGAGCGUCCCUGUUCCCGCCCGCGAGUCCUGGCAGUCAGUGGCUUCCCGUGGCAUGGCAACGUUACAUGGUCUGACGGAUGAAAAAGUGAAGGCGUACCUAUCCCUUCACCCCCAGGUGUUAGAUGAGUUUGUGUCUGAAAGUGUCAGUGCAGAGACGGUAGAAAAAUGGCUGAAGAGGAAAAACAACAAACCAGAAGGAAAAGCUGGCAAACGUGGAUUAAUGCGGCACUUAAUUACUCUCAUCAUGGCCUGUCGCCGCUGCCAGCGUGAGGCUGCCGAACAGGAAGAUGAAUCGGCUCCUAAGGAAGUCAGCAGGUACCAAGACACGAACAUGCAAGGAGUUGUGUAUGAGUUAAACAGCUACAUUGAACAGCGCUUGGACACAGGCGGGGACAACCAACUGCUCCUUUAUGAGUUGAGUAGCAUCAUUAAAAUAGCCACAAAAGCCGAUGGAUUUGCACUGUAUUUCCUUGGAGAGUGCAAUAAUAGUCUGUGUGUGUUCACCCCACCUGGAGUCAAGGAAGGGCAACCCCGGCUCAUCCCCGCCGGGCCCAUCGCCCAGGGCACCACCAUCUCUGCCUACGUGGCCAAAUCCAGAAAAACGUUGCUCGUGGAAGACGUCCUGGGGGAUGAACGAUUUCCGAGAGGCACUGGACUGGAGUCAGGGACUCGCAUCCAGUCUGUUCUCUGCUUACCGAUUGUCACUGCCAUCGGUGAUCUGAUUGGCAUCCUUGAGCUGUACCGGCACUGGGGCAAAGAAGCCUUCUGCAUGAGCCACCAGGAGGUCGCCACAGCAAACCUUGCCUGGGCUUCAGUUGCAAUACAUCAGGUGCAGGUAUGCAGAGGCCUGGCCAAGCAGACCGAGUUGAAUGACUUCCUACUUGACGUAUCAAAGACAUAUUUUGAUAACAUAGUUGCAAUAGACUCUCUACUUGAACACAUAAUGAUAUAUGCAAAAAAUCUGGUGAAUGCCGACCGUUGUGCACUUUUCCAGGUGGACCAUAAGAACAGGGAGUUAUAUUCAGACCUUUUUGAUAUCGGAGAGGAGAAGGAAGGAAAGCCAGUCUUCAAGAAGACCAAAGAGAUCAGAUUUUCAAUUGAGAAAGGGAUUGCUGGCCAGGUAGCAAGAACGGGGGAGGUCCUGAACAUUCCAGACGCCUAUGCGGACCCACGCUUCAACAGGUGUGCUUUCUCCUGUGUGUGUGCGUGUGUCUGUCGGUCUGCUCCUGAAUGCUCCCGCAGAGAGGUGGACUUGUACACGGGGUACACCACGCGGAACAUUCUGUGCAUGCCCAUCGUGAGCCGCGGGAGCGUCAUCGGCGUGGUGCAGAUGGUCAACAAGCUGAGCGGCAGUGCCUUCUCGAAAACGGACGAGAACAACUUCAAGAUGUUUGCGGUCUUCUGCGCACUAGCCUUACACUGUGCCAACAUGUACCACAGGAUCCGGCACUCGGAGUGCAUCUACCGGGUGACCAUGGAGAAGCUGUCCUACCACAGCAUCUGCACGGCCGAGGAGUGGCAGGACCUCAUGCGCUUCAGCCUCCCGGGCCGCCUCUGCAAGGAGAUCGAGCUAUUCCACUUUGACAUCGGUCCUUUUGAAAACAUGUGGCCUGGGAUUUUUGUCUACAUGGUCCACCGGUCCUGUGGGACGUCCUGCUUUGAGCUUGAAAAGUUGUGUCGUUUCAUUAUGUCUGUGAAGAAAAACUACCGGCGGGUCCCUUACCACAACUGGAAGCACGCGGUCACCGUGGCGCACUGCAUGUACGCCAUCCUGCAGAGCAACUGCGGGCUCUUCACCGACUUGGAGCGCAAAGGCCUGCUGAUCGCCUGUCUGUGUCACGACCUGGACCACAGGGGCUUCAGCAACAGCUACCUGCAGAAGUUCGACCACCCACUGGCCGCGCUCUACUCCACGUCCACCAUGGAGCAGCACCACUUCUCCCAGACCGUGUCCAUCCUGCAGCUGGAAGGACACAAUAUCUUCUCCACCCUCAGCUCCAGCGAGUACGAGCAGGUGCUUGAGAUCAUCCGCAAAGCCAUCAUCGCCACAGACCUUGCUUUGUACUUCGGAAACCGGAAACAGCUGGAGGAGAUGUACCAGACCGGAUCGCUCAACCUCAAUAAUCAGUCACAUCGAGACCGUGUCAUUGGUUUGAUGAUGACUGCCUGUGAUCUUUGUUCCGUAACAAAACUGUGGCCGGUUACAAAAUUGACGGCAAAUGAUAUAUAUGCAGAAUUCUGGGCUGAGGGCGACGAGAUGAAGAAGCUGGGGAUCCAGCCCAUCCCCAUGAUGGACAGAGACAAGAAGGACGAGGUCCCACAGGGCCAGCUGGGAUUCUACAACGCCGUGGCCAUCCCCUGCUACACCACCCUCACCCAGAUCUUCCCGCCCACGGAGCCUCUGCUGAAGGCGUGCAGGAACAACCUGAGCCAGUGGGAGAAGGUGAUCCGCGGGGAGGAGAGCGCCGUGUGGAUCUCGGCCCAGCCCGGGGCCCCAGCGCCGCCCGCGAAGACGGACGACUGACCGCCGCCGGACGAGCUUUCCCAGAAGACGCCCGUCCCGCUUCUCGGACUUCACUUCUUUUUAUUUUCGUGGGAGGAAACCUACCCCUGGUGACUCGGCGGCAAGCCCCUUAGAGAAGGUGCCAUCAGGACGCGCGGCCAGCGACGGCCCCCGCCAGGCUCGUCUGUGACGCUCCGUGGGCGGCGAGCGGCCAGGAGCCCCGUGACCAGACCAGCUGGCCACGCGACUCCACGGGGCCUCGCACUGCCGAGGCCUUGGCGGGAAAGGACAGCACGUGCUCAGAGGGGUCCUUCUCCACCGUACGGUUCUCGGGAGGGGUGAACACGGUACUCGUAUGAAUAUUGUACUUUGGCUUUAACACCCAUGUCGCUUUGAUGUUGUUGGUUAUAAAUAGGAAUUUUUACAUAUUACUCUCGUGAAUGUUCGUGUGUGACCUACUUGUGACUAGCGUGAAGUGGAGCAGACCGCCUCGGGACAAGUGUCGCUGCUGCGGGGACGGUGUAAGACGCGUCUCUGCAGUCGGUGAGCGGCGUGGUCACGUGCUCGUUUCAGGACCUCGUGAGUUAGUUGGGGGCGGGGUGUGUUCUUUACGUCUGUAGGAAGGAGCUGGGGUGAAGGGGUCGCACGCCCUGAAUGAGGCGGCGCCCUCAUCCUGAGAAGAGCAGGCGGAGACGGCGCAUAAGCCUCGGAACGCCGGGUAUCGAGCCAAAAACGGGCAAAGAAUUGUUUUUUAAUUUUGUGCGUCGUUGUAGGCACAUUUUUUAAACCCUUCACAUGAAGAACAAAAGAGAGGCAAGGCAUAUGAAUUCUUAACAGACAGGUCUUAUGGGAUAUAAAAUGUGAAUUUUAAUAAUGAUUUCUAUUUUCACUUGGUGUCAUUGCAAACUUUUAGACUCACACUCAAAACAAGAGGUUUACUCUACAAAUUAUUUAAUUAAAAUACCAUACAUUUCUCUUAAAAUUAAAUUAAACCACAAAGUUUCAGUCGUGUAUAAUCUUUACUUGGAUCUGCUGCGCCCACCUCCUGCUUUCUCCCUUUGUGCCCCUCAGGCCCACUUGCCCAGCUCUCCGGCCGCGACGGGGAAGCUGAGCACAGCCGAGUGCUUCGGGGCUUUACUUCCGUUCUCUUUCCUCUGCUCGAGGUCAAGCGUCCACAUAGCAACCUGCUCUGGAGAGUUUCUUCCAUAUAAUUUUGAGGAGACUGUUAGUCCUCUACCCUGUACAUGUCUUAAAGAAGACACAAGAGUCUGGACUCCUUCAUACACGGAUUCCGAGCCGGUCACUUCCGGUGCACAUUAAUGCUAAAAAUCUUUAGUACAAUGGCAAGGCCACCUCCAAGGCUGUGGUCAGUCCUGACCUGAGGGAAUUAGAGUCUCAAGAAGACUGAUUCGUAACAAAUAGCUCAUGUACUAUUCAUGUGGCAGGAAACUGGAAUAUUCUGUUUAAUAAAAUAAAUUUUUAAAACAUUCUUUUACAUAUUCAAUACUGUACACAUCAUUAUCCAUAUGGUUUUUGCAAAAAAAAAUCAGAUGUUUCUACAACACGAUUUAUGUUGUAGAAGAGUUAGCUAUAUAUAAACACCUUAUUUUAAAAUUAACACUGUGUGUUGUUCAGUUUCCCUGUGGGCUUUUUAAAGUUCCCAUCUUCCCUACAUGGAACUAUUGAAUUACACAAUCUGAGGUAAAAUGAAAUAGUUGAAGAGAGAAAUAUCCCUGUAGCUAGACACACACACACACACACACACACACACACACACACACACACACGUGUGUGUAGAUAGUUAUACACGCAUGUUUGAAAGGACAUGUGUAAGGGAAAGAGAUGCAAACGCAUCUAUAAAAAGUAAAAAUAGGCUCCAUUCUUCAAAACCUUCCUGAUGUGCUGGAAAGUGUAUAUUGUUUGAUAAGGAGCUGCAGACUAGAAAAUGUCCCUUUUCAUGUUAGUGCAUUGAUAGAGUUGAAUUCUAAAAUGUUGUAUGUUUUUCCACACUCACAUUUAUGAAACUGGACCCACCAAAUCGAACCUUGAUUACAAAAAUUAGUAUAGUCAUCUAAUUUAACUCGAAGACUGAAAUGCAGAGAGGUUAGGAAAUACCAUUUAAGACUGUUUAAUUAAAAGGAUCUUAAAAGAAUGCGUGAAUUUUGCUUUUUGAUGGUUUUUGAUGCUUUUCUAUGGAAACCAGUCAUGAGGGGAAGGGAUCCUCUGGCUAUUUUUGCAUUUUAAGAUUGAAAUUCUAAGAUUAUUCCAGAAAAUUCUCUGAUCUUGGCAUAGCCAGGUGUAUUAUGUAAUGUGAUGUGUACUUUGAACAGUUUUCCGAAGAAAUGUACAUGGGAUUUAUUGGUUUGUUGAUUUCUCCUAAGAUGUCGUCAUGAUCAAAGCAAAGUUUGAUCGAAGAACUAUAUUCUAAUGAAAACAUUAAUAUUCCUUAGUACUACUUAGGGAUGAUAAAUUUACCUAAAAUGGGCCCAAGAUGCAGUGAUAUUUAGUAAUCUACUUUGAAAAAAAUGCAGUUAGUAUUUUUAUAUUUUGGCCGAUAUACUUAGCAAACUUUUGAGUUCUGUUCUUAUCUUUCUCCCAGAUCUUUUCUUCAAAGGGCAGUUGGUUUUUAUUACCAGAAGUUUUGACAAGUUUCUCGUUAAGGUGGUAUUUCAUGUUGGGCCAAAGUCUCCCUCCCUAUAAAUUUUGUAACCAGCUGGGAGUGUAUGGAGAAUGUUGGAUUCGUGGACAUUCUUAUUGGUUGUGCUGAUUCGUAAUAGAUAUGGCUACGUUGUCAAAUGCCACCUGUACGUUAUCUUCCAGAGAUACUGAAUCUAUUUUUGAUCGAGAAAUUUUCUUGGAAAUGCAUGCCAACAACAUGAAAUAUUGAACUUAGGCCAUGGAAUAAAAUUCUAAAAAUUGUAAGUAUCUGAUUAAUUCAUAGUUGACUUUGGUUUAAUUAACUAGAAAAACUUAUAAUGGAUAUGGAAAGUAAGUCUCAAAAAUGGCCCUUUUACUGGGCGGGAUCACGAUCCGCUUCCCGGCCCUCAUCGCUCUGUGAGGCUCACCAGAGUCACGGAGGAGACGGAGCUGAACUCCUCAUUCCACAUUCCGGACCCUUCCCUCCCCGGGAAAGCGUCUGUGCAGAUGAUCCAGUGCCGCGCGAGGUGACGUGUCCUCACGGAGCCGACGACAGAACUACUUGGAAGCUGGAUCUCUGCAGCCUAGGUUUCCUCUUGUGAGCAUGCUUUUUAGAUAGCUUUAGAUUUUUUUUAAUUUUGUACACUCAAUCUCAGUGAAUUUUGCUUUCUCGGUAUGUUUGGGCACACUAGACAUGUUUGUACGUGAUGCACAAAAUCCUUAGCUACCUGGAUUUUUUAACACAUCUAGUUUGGAUAUUACGUUUCUGGUCUUUUAACUCAAAAUUAAGGUUUGAGCUUUAAUAGGACUAAGUUCUUCACCAUGCCUUGGCCUGUGCCUUUAUUUUAAACUCUGUGAUUUUUACUUCUCAGUUCAUAUAUAUAUUAUUUUGCUUUUCUUGCUUGGUUAUAAUGAAAAACAUUUAAAGGGACACAUCUCUAGUUAAUUUGAUCAAAUUGAAUGAAUCUCCUCCUCAGAUUUCUGUCCUUUAUUUGAUGGCCUGCACACAUACCCUCACGACAGAACCAAGGAGCUGUGCAAGACUUUUUUGUGAGCAUUUCCAAGAACUGUGCCACAGUUAUGGUGUGAUUUCGUUGGGUUUCAGGUACAUAUGCAUGAUUUGGACCUUGAAAAUCACUUCUGUUUUGGACGUGUGUUUGCUUUCUGCACUGUGCUGAUUUUAUUUAGGGCUUAAUUCUUGAAAGACUUCAUUUGGUCACAUGAGUGCACCCCUUUUGCUGCAAGCAUCAGCCUGGCUUCCCCACCUCUGCAAGAUGUAAAUUUGCCAGUACCUUGUCAGUUCUUCAGCCCCCUACCCUGCCCCUGCGCGUGGCUGACCUGUCUUACCUCUGCACAAGGACUCAGCCUGGUACACUUUGUGCCGAUCUCUUUAAACACUUCAUCUUAAGUUUAAAUUAGUGAUCCCCAACGUACUUUACACUGCUUGUGUUUUGUCUCUCUUGUACUGGAUAUCUUGGUUGUCUGAAGCAUUCGAUGCGUUUCUGCGAUGGUAAAAAUAGCAAAGAAGAAAGAAAAAUGGUUCACUGGUGUUCAGGUUCUCAAUUAAAGGGAUGGGACCAAGGGAAAGACAUUACUGUUCCCGAAGAAAUAAUCUUUAGAAUUCACAGAAGCACCACUGUCUUCACUCACCUGCUAAGUUCCCCACCCCCCCUCCCCGACCCUGUAGGGUGACCCUCUUCACAGUGAGUGUCAGGAAGUGGUCACUGAGCGCCCGCAGAGCCGACCGUGUCUCUCCUGGGGCAUGGAUUAGUGUCACCCGAGGACCUGGACCCCAAGUUAGAGCCCAAUCCGGGGUGGCCAGGAGAAACAUCCAUGCGCACGUAUCGGGUGUCAGCGCAUAGUUUUGAAGUGCUGUGUGUUGGCAGAAGUGUCAAUGGAACGUUUUCAUUUUUACUACAAGUUCAAGUUUGAACGCGCAUCAUCUGGGACUCCGGCUCGCCGGAGAUGGUAUGAGACCGUGGGCGUUGCGACUUCCGUAUUCUUCUCAGGCCACUUGAGUGAUACCCAGUCCCGUGCCGUAUCUCAAACAGCCGACGGAAAUGCCCGCUCGGCAGUAUUAUUUCCCAUACGAUCUGCUGUGUGGUGUGUAUUCUGCGUGUCCAUGUCGUGUGCACACUCAGAGGACGGUAGAUUUCCUUGUAGAAGGUAUUUCUAUACGAUGCCCCUGCCUGUUCCCCAGACCCGACCCAGCGACCCAUGUGAGAUAAUGUGCUUGCCCAAAACACUGUGAAAGUUACCAACACUUAAGAGACAUGCAGCAUCUUGAAACUUUCUGAAAAGUGGCUUUCUUUACAAGUCCGUAUGAGUAAAAGAGAUCCUAUAUCCCUACCUAGUCGAGGCACCGAAGAGUUUGCCGGCAGCCAUCUUGCGGACCCCACACCGCUAGGGUGGAAGGUGGGUUACACGCUGUGGAACACACAGCGUGCUUAACAAACCGCUUUGGAGAGGCGGUGGAUCUCUGUCCGAAGUUUCCAUGGGUUCUCGUGGAAGGAGAAAGUUUCAAGCUAAUGAUAACCGACUUCAUUAUAGUUGAUGAGUGAGCAAAUCUAAAAACAAUCCUUUUAUAUGUCUGACACAUAAAAAUCUUUGUAAAAUGCGCAAGUGCAAUAAUUUAAAGAGGUCUUAACUUUGCAUUUAUAAAUUAUAAAUAUUGUACAUGUGUGUAAUUUUUUCAUGUAUUCAUUUGCAGUCUUUGUAUUUAAAAGAACCCUUUUCUGUUAUGUUUGUAUAACAGGACAGUGAGCAUUUAUUAUAACCGAGGCAAGUUGUAAAUAAAUUCAUAAUUCAAACUGCCAGUAUAUAUGCAUAUAGGGGUGUUACACUGCAGAACCUCGCUUUGUUUUACUUACAUGCUUAGAGCAGCAAGGAAUCUCUUGUCGAUAUGUAACUAUACACAUAAAGUAUAUAUAUGUAUGAUACAUGAAAUGUAUGUAGAGAUAUUCAUAAUUGUAAUGGAUCUCCUUUGGUGUGAAUAAUCGAAUACAGAGUUUUUAAAAUAC